AUGCCCACAAUAUCUGGCAUUCUCUCCGAUCCCACGGAGGAUGCUCAUAACACGUUACGCGCUACUUUCUGCUAUCUACGGCUGCAGCAUGAUCGCACGUACCCGCCCAAUGACGAUUCUUCUGAUGACGACGAGAACUCUGCACCGCCAUCUCGUGCUUUCGGGCCGCCCAACCCAUACGAUCCACCCACACUCGCUGGAGAGCGUCUGCGCCUGCGACAUCGCAGUCUUGCCGUGCCCACGGCUGUGGACAGGUGGCUCGAUGCCAACCGAUGCUCGUGGCUUACACCUGACCCGCGAGUGAUGAACGCGGGGCUUCAUGGGCAACUCGCGACGUGCAAGGUCAUGAGGAUAUUUAAUCAGUCGUACGACAAGCCUGAAACGGACUCGUUCUGGCUUCUGAAGAUCCAGGUUAUCCUCGGCGAAGACUCGGGCGUCCGAGCUGGCCUGCGGGAAAGCCCGCGCGCGAUCCUCGCUCGCUGGGCAGGCGACGGCGAGCCACCCGACUGGGUGAUGCACAUGCGCAACGGCCAGACCCACACGUUUACGCAGCCACGAGGGGUUUUAACGGACACUUAUGCGGCCCUGGCCAAUAACUUGGAGAACAUUGACGCGGGUAUAUCUCCCGCCAUCUUGCGUUGGGCUCGAGAGGCAUCGCCCGUGCAACAGAUGCGAAUCACGCUGCGUCGCCGUGGCCGGGCUCCUCGCAACGAAGAUGGCGGCACUGGGUUACGUCGGUCACGUCGCAAGAACGGAAGGAAGAAGACGACGUAG